AUCAUAAUAUUAAAAGAUUGUUUUCUAUAGCAAAUGAGUUUGUUUAACAAAUAGUUUUUUUUUUGGUCGAUCUGUUUUGUUUAAAUUAAAAUGGAGGAUGCUGGAUUGUUACAUCAUCAUAAGAUUUACAAACUUUAUAAAAUCAGAUGGUUUGUACUUUCUACAGUUGUUAUGUUUAAUUUAGCCAAUGCUAUGGUCUGGAUUACAUUUGCACCAGUCACAAAUUAUGUUUCUGCAUUUUUUGACAUUACUGAAACAACCGUGAAUUGGUUUUCCUUAGUCUUUUUUAUAGCUUUUAUCCCUUGUUGUUUCGCUUCUUGGUGGUUUAUGGAAACCUACGGGCUUAAAACAGCUAUCAUAAUAGGUUCACUUGUAAUGUUUUCUGGGGCAUAUUUAAGAGUUCUCGGUGUUUUCCUGUUUGAAAAACCAAAUAUUCGUUUUAUUAUUACAAUGAUUGGUCAAGUGUUAUGUGCUACCACCCAACCUUUAGUGUUAUCUAUGCCUACAAAAGUUGCUGCAUUGUGGUUUGGUGAUAAAGAGCGAACAAUUGCUAACACUAUUGCAUCAAUGUCAAAUCCUUUGGGUGUAUUAAUUGCAAAUGGAGUAGCUGUAUUAUUAGUUAAAGAAUCACGUGAUGUACCUUACUUGGUUUCCAUUUUUUCUGUUCCUGCUUAUAUUGGAUUGGUUAUGGCUGUAAUUGGUGUAAGAUCCAGCUCACCACCAACCCCACCUUCUGUCUCUGCUGAGCAUGAGCCAGAGUCAUUCUUUCUUGGGCUAAAACAUGUAUUUCGAAACAGACAAUUUAUGCUUCUUUGUGCUACGAUCGGUUUUGGAAUUGGAUUAUUUAGUACUAUUUCAACUAUACUUCAGCAAAUGAUUUGCCCCCAAGGGUAUUCUAAUGAUAUUGCUGGUAUUUGUGGUGUCAUGAUCAUUGUUGGAGGUUUUAUUGGAUCUUUUAUUUCUGGAAUUUACAUUGAUAGAACUCGUGCAUAUAUUUUAGUUGCCAAAGUAAUGGUAUUGCUAUUUGGUUUGUCAACUGUAGCUGUGAUGGUGGUUUCAGCGAUACCGAAUCAAACUCCUCUGCUUGUGAUUUCUUUUUUCUUUUUUGGAUUUUUUGCACUUGGAGUUUUGCCAGUUAUGUUGGAGUUAGGAGUUGAGUGUACUUAUCCAGUAGAUGAAGCUACUUCUUCUGGAAUGCAAUGGAUGAUGGGUCAAAUAAUUGGUGUAUUUAUGAUGAUUGGAGGACUGGCAUUUGCACCACCAUUAAGUUUAAGACAAAAAUUGAAUUCUGUGUGUGAUAUUGAUCAUUCUAGUAAGUUGGAUCCGGUGGAUUUGACAAUACCUGUUCUUGUUAUGGUGUCAUCGGGAACGAUUGUGGUUUCCUUGUUUGUGAUACUUUUUAAUACCACAUACAAAAGACUAAAUGCAGAAAAUGAAAAUGCAUAAAUAGUUGUAUUAUAUAUUUUUAUGUCUAAUUGUUUAUUUCGAUAUUUUUUUCAA